AUGUCGCCAUCUCGGCUUCCGACACGGUUGCUGAACGUAGGGGGCGAUGGCUCUUCAAUCAUCAAACUUCAAAAAACCAAGGGCAUGAAUACACCUUUGAACUACAUUGUUCUUUCUUUUGUCUGGGGCUCCGGGGGGACCAGCACCGGUGAAGGCCUCACGUUUCCCCACAAUAUCGAGGACCAUGAGCGAGGCAUCGAUUUCUCUAGGCUUCCUAAAGCCUGCCGGGAUGCCAUCACGAUUACCCGCGAGCUCGGCAUUGAGUAUCUGUGGAUUGACAGCCUGUGCAUUGUCCAGGGUCCCGAUGGGGAUUUCGCGGAGGAGGCGCGGAGCAUGGAGGGCAUCUUCAACAACUCCUACUGUCUCCUUGCCGCGUGUUCAUCCUCCAGCAUACAGCAAGGUUUCCUGGAACCACGGCAGCCACGCCGGACUGUUUCUUUGGGGUCCCUGACGGGCGAAGCACUCGUCUUGUGUGAACUUGUCGACGACUUCGAACGGGAUGUCGACCUGUCUCCCCUAUACAGCCGAGGCUGGACAUUACAGGAGAGAACCUUGGCACGCCGCACGAUUUUCUUCACGUCGAAGCAGAUGUACUGGCAGUGCGGCGAGGGAAUCCGCUGUGAAACUCUCACCAAAAUGUCCAACUUCAGAGCCGGUCUUUAUGGCAGUCCGGAUUUUCCAAAAUCAUUCCUAGCCAAGACUAAGAUCUCUCCCGUCUCUAUUUUCAAGGAUCUCUAUAAGACGUACUCGCGGCUACAGUUUAGCAACUGGGCAGACCGGCCUAUUGCCAUCCUAGGCUUAGAACACAGACUUUCUCGCGAAACUGGGUGUAAAAGUCGGCAUGGCAUCGUGCUUGGCAAACCGGAGUACCUUGGCCAAAGCCUGAUGUGGCGAGCAGCGACCGAGACUGGAAUGUGUACUAUCAAAUUCCCAUCACAGCGACAACCACCAAGUUGGUCGUGGAUGGCCUAUACAGGAGAGAUCAGCUAUCUAGAUCUCCGGCCGGGAGAGGUCGAGUGGGAAUCCAGCAUUUCCAUGAUUGGUACUGAGUCCUCGGCAAAUGAAUGUUCCGGAGAGUCUAGCACUUCCAGUUCACUUUCAGCCCAAUGUUUGGAUUUCAACAGGGAGAACCUCGCAGAGGCAUGCUAUGAUGGGCCAGAAGAUGCGGCGCGAGAGGAUCAGAAAUGCGUCAUUGUAGGCCGGAGCCCAGGUUCUGACGAUGCUCAGUCAACAUUCUACCUGCUUCUCAUUGCCAGAGGAGGCCCAGGAAACAUCUACCUGAGAAUAGGAGUUGCUCUCGCUGAAUCAAAGGCUCUUUCCUUAAGAGUAUCUCCCGAGGACGUUGUCAUAAUAUAG